AUGUAUCGCUCCACCAUGACACCCGUGGCCCGAUCAGCCAUCCUCCGCCCAUCAGCGGCCAGGACUCUUUACCCCAGGAGCCUCUCCAUCUCUGCUCCCCGCCGCGGUUCCGCGCCGCCGAACCCGGGCUCCGACCUGUGGAAUCCGAAGGAAAUGUGGCGCAAAGCCUCGCCCCGAACGAAAACCUUUGUUGUGCUGGGUGUCGCGGUGGCCGCCAUCGCCGAGGGGGGGUUCUGGGCGACCUUUGGGCCGCGCAUCUUCGGCAAGGACAAGACGGCCGAGUAG